AUGCUGCUGCAACUUAGGUCCCGCCUUUUAAACCCUAAUUUCUCCUCUAUCCUCACCUUGCCAUCGCCUUAUCCUCCUUACAAACCUCCUCAAUUGACGCUCUCAUUUCGCGCCUCCAUUCAUCAGAGGCCGAAUUACCGGCAAGCCGCCGCCGCCAAGUCCCCCGGCCCGGCGCCCGUCUCCGACGCCGCCCAAUUCGUUCGGACGGUGCUCUUUGUGCCGCCGGGCGUCGACUCGGAUGACGUCACCGACGACAUGGUCCUGCCCGGGUCGAACAUCGUGCUCGGGCCCUACGCUGGGGACGCCAAAAUCAAAGAGGUGGAUUUCGUCAAGAGCAGUAACAGGCCGAAGGACUGCCCGAAAGACGCCCGACCCGAGUUCGCCAUGUUGGGCCGAUCGAAUGUCGGCAAGUCUUCUCUUAUUAACUUUCUGGUUCGGAAAAAGGAUGUCGCUCUUACUUCCAAGAAGCCAGGAAAGACUCAAUUGAUUAAUCAUUUCUUGGUUAACAAGAGCUGGUACAUUGUGGAUUUGCCUGGAUAUGGCUUUGCGAAUGCCCCUGAAUCAGCAAGAAUGGAUUGGUCAUCUUUCACCAAAGGCUACUUUUUAAACCGAGAAACUCUCGUUUCUGUCCUACUUCUGGUCGACGCAAGUGUUCCGCCUCAGAAAAUCGACCUCGAUUGUGCAAAUUGGCUUGGGCGUAAUAAUAUACCCAUGACUUUUGUUUUCACAAAGUGCGAUAAGAUGAAAGGAAGCAAGGGAAGAAGGCCAGAUGAGAACAUUCGUGAUUUCCAGCAGAUCAUCAGACAGAACUAUCGGCAGCAUCCUCCAUGGAUUAUGACGAGUAGUGUCACAGGGUUGGGGAGGGACGGGCUUCUUCUUCACAUGUCGCAGCUUAGAAACUAUUGGGAUAAUGAGUAG